AGAUUAAAAAAGAUAUUUUGCAAAAUAAUCUCAUUGCAGAAGCUCCUGCUUUGGCUCGGUGGAGGCUGUCCCUGAAAUCUACAAACAGAAGGGGGCAGGCAGGAUGCAGCUGACCAGGCACAGCGACCAUGUACUGCAGCAGUUGUGCUCCCAGCUGGAAUACGGCUUUCUGUGUGAUUGCUCCAUAACCGUGGGCGACGUCCACUUCCGGGCUCACCGGGUGGUGCUGGCAGCCUGCAGCUCCUACUUCCACAAGCUCUUUGUGAAUCAGCCGGCAGAGGCCUCACACGUGUGCCUCAGUUCGCAGGCCGUCAGCCCUGACCACUUCGACCUGAUCCUGCAGCUGAUGUACACGGGCCGCCUGGAGUCUUCGCCUCCCGACUGCGACAGGUUCCGGGCCUCCCUCAACUUCUUGAAGCUCUACAACGCUUCCCGGUUCCCCGCCCUGGCGGCAGCCGGAGGGAACGAGGAGGCAGCCCCUCCCACUUUGGCAGGUGGCAAGGGGGAGAGGUUAGUCUUUGGUGUGGAACUGUGCCGCUGGGACAGCAACAGGCCGGACACUGUCCCCACACAGCAGCAGCUGCCAGUCUCCAUCAAAUCGGAAACGCCCGAGGGGCCAUGCAGCGAGGCGCCGCCAGCCAUACAGCUCCAGCUACGCUGCCCCCUCUGUGGCCUGGCCUUCGAGCAGCCCCAAGCUUUGCAGGAACAUCUGCCCGGCUGCCUGCGGCCAAGGGAUGGCAUGGCAAUGGGCGCUGCCGACGGGCAGAACCCUGCGCCCGAGGUGAAGCAAGAGGCCCCCGAGAGGAGGUGGGAGGGGGACGGGGGCCUUCCCGAGGAGCCGGGGGCUGGCAGCCUGAAGCCGCCGAAGGUGGAAGCCCCCGAGGAAGGGGCGCAGGGGGAGCACCACCCUCUGGUGCUGGAGCUCAGCGGCAUCACGGUGGUAAGGGUGGGAGGAGAGGAGCGGGAGCCCGGGGUCUCCCUGGCUCGCCCUCCCGAGGAUUAUGAACUGGAGGAGGGAGAGGUGCGGUUCCCGGGAGAUGACGACCUGGUGCUGGAGAACCCCUCGGAGGACGGCUCCUUUAGCAGCUCCAGCUCCGGUAGCAGCUCCACCUCUGACAGCGAGGCCUUGCUCCCGAGCCCGGAGCCCAGUGAGGAUGAGGGCCGGGCACACCGGAGACCCUGGAGUUGCCAGACCUGCCACCCAUCAGAGAGGCAGUGCGUGCCUCUGCGGAGUCGGGUGAGCGCCCGGGGGAAGCUGGAGCGUGUCCAUCCACCUGCAACCUCCUCCUUGCGGUGCUGCAUGGCAGAGGGCAGUGCAUGCCCAGACACUGGGCAUCAGAGCUGCCAGGAUUGGAAGGGGAGACGGGGCCUGGACCGCGUGCUAUCCAGGGGAGCAGUGACCGGGCGCAGCAAGAAAGGACCAAAGGCAAGCAAGCAGCAGGGGACAUCCCGUCAUAAGAAGGGCACAGAGGCUGCGGCGGGCAAGCUGCAGCGUUCGGCCAAGGCAUCGGCGCCGCCCGGCACCAGGAAACACACCUGCCAAGUCUGUGGCAAAGGUUUCCUGCAGCGGGGACACCUGACUGAGCACGUGGCCAGCCAUGCUAGCAAGUUCCCCUGCCGCAUAUGUGGGCAGGAGUUCCCGCAGGAGCGCGAGCUGCGGCUCCACGCGGCCUCCCACGCUGGUGACACCCGCUACGCCUGCUGGAUGUGCGGCCAGGGCAGCCGCCGCAAGCACGGCCACCUGCGGCACAUGGUCGGCCACCUCUCCCCGGGCCAGGUCCUUUGCCGGGUCUGCUUUGAGAUCUUCCGCGGCGCGCCGGAGCUGCAGCGCCAUCUCGAGAGCCACCUCUACCCGUGCGGCGUGUGCGGCGAGAAGUUCAAGCGUAAAAAAGACGUGGUGGGCCAUUCUGCCAGCUGCUGGAUGAAGAAUCUGAUGAAUUCUGAACCGGACAGGCCCCUGAACUGUCAGGAGAAUGCCAAUUAACUCCCUAACCUGUCCUCCCAGCUCCCACAAACAAGAAAUCUGUGUCAUGCCCCAUCUCCCACUGCAUUGCAAGCUCUCUCGCUGAGCUGCAGAGUACAGAAGGUCCCAGUUGGAUCCAUUUCUAAAUUAGUCUCGUGACCAGGACAGUCGCAGAUGGAUGGGCGGGGUUUUCCAUUCGCCACUGCACUACCCCAUACUCCUAUUUGCGUGGGGAAAGCAGAGAAUGGGGCCAGGCUGCCUGGCAGUGUUGGGACUGAGCGGGAAUACUCCAGUUGGCAUGACACCUCCAUAAUGCCCAAUCUGCAAUAACUACCUCAAACAGCACUUAUCACUCUCGCCCUCCAUUCCUUCCAUCCAAAACCUCAGCCCCAGUUUUUUAAAAUCAGAUUUUGCACGUGAAAAGCUUCUGUUUAAGGGAAAAGUCAUUGCAUAGUAAGCGAGAUACUUGGAGGGAGGGGAAGAGGGAGCUUAUUGAUACAUUAAAAUUAGGUGCUCGACCAGGGCAGGAUUGAAAUCCAAUCACCCCAACCCCACAAAAACAAGGCACUCCCAGUGCAGCCAUUCCACAGCUGAAGGAAAGUGUCCAACCUGGCAGGGGAGUAGCUGGGAUCCAUGUGGAAGCUGAAAGCCAAUGGGAGAAAUCAGUGCCAAAUCCGAGAAAAGGCAGCAAGUGGAGGGAAACACCAUUAGUGGUCAUUGUCUGAUCUCCAACAGCUGCUCAGGUAUUGGGACAGCACAUGGCUGUUUGACUGUUGGACUGUUGAUGUUUAGAGAUUUGAAAACCCACAGUUUGUGUUCCAAACAGUAUUCGUUUGUAACUUGAGUUGCGUACACCGCUUUCUAUUAAGUGAAGAGUCUUAUGGUCAGUGUACAAAUAAUUAAAAUUAUU